UUUGGGACAAGCUGCAGGCAGGACUCUAAAGUUAGGAGCUCUGACUUCUGACAAGAUGCUGGACUGGAGAUUGGUGAGUGCCCACUUCAUUCUGGCUGUGCUUGUGAUGCUAUGGGGCUCAGGAAAGGUAUCCUCCAUGGACUUAGCAUCAGAGGAGACUGGAACAGCAAGCUUGCAGUCGCCACCCACAGCCAGAGAAGAGAAGUCAGCCACUGAGCUCGCAGCUAAGCUCCUGCUUCUUGAUGAUCUGGUAUCCUUGGAGAAUGAUGUAUUUGAGACCAAGAAAAAAAGAAGCUUCUCUGGCUUUGGGUCUCCCCUUGACAGACUCUCAGCUGGGUCUGUAGAGCAUAGAGGGAAACAAAGGAAAGCAGUUGAUCAUUCAAAAAAGCGGUUUGGCAUUCCCAUGGAUCGGAUUGGUAGAAACCGGCUCUCCAGUUCCAGAGGCUGAUGGAUUAUCUUCAUGCGACAUAUUUGUGUGAAAUGCCACAGAACUAUAGAAAACACUUCAGUGAAGUUCUUCACUAGCCCUUUUCUCAAGAAACUGACCUUCUGCAAAUCUUCCCAAAGCUUGAUCCUCCUCAACUCGUCAUGUCAUAGUGUUGCUAUGGUUUCAGUUGAGUUGUGCAGGUCAUUUCAGUGCAUAGAUAUCUUUGAAAAUUUUGUUUCAGUGACUCAUAAAUGGUAAUGUGGCCCCUGAACCUACUUUUUAAAACAGCAGUCAAAUAUAGCACAUUUUCUUGCCAUUAUCAUUUUCACAUUUCAUUUAUGCAAUCUACUUUCUAGUAACAUAAUGUUUAAAGAUCUGAUGAUGUAAAAAAAAUAAGAAAUGAGCACAUAAUGAUUUAUAUAGGGUUUUUUUUAGUUUUUCUGAAGUUUGUCAAAUUGUUGAAAACUUCAACUCCAAGCUUAGAGAAAAAGACAUUACAUUUAUGUUUGCUUAAACUGUGGCAGAAGGCUGUAGCAAAGGCAAAUAAAUUUUGAGAAAUCUGAGCAAUUGUGUUCUUUAGUAACUAAUAACUAAUAGUUAGUUUAUGGAAAGCUAAUAUAAUUGGCCCAUAUGAAAUAUUCUGCCAAACUCUGAAUUUAAAACUUAUUUGAAAAGAAGUUACUGCCUCUCUUGCUUACUUUUACCAGCCUAGGGGUGAAUUGUGGAAUUGUUUCCUAUGGUAGCAACUUUUCUUUUUUUCUUUCUAUUUUUCUUUUUUGUCUUCAUCUAAUGUCUAUAAGCUAAAAAUCCAACCAAGUAGUGCUCUGUGCUUUUUAUUUUAAAAAGGUAUUAAAAUCAACGUCAGUCUA